AGGAAGCGAACUUGAAACAUUCAAAACUCCAGAAAAUAUGAGGGAUGCACGUUACUCAGUGUUGAGAGAAAUCAUGAAUACUAAUGAGAAGGUGGGUUAUUUUAGAACUGAUAACAGAUUAUGGCAUAAAUUAUUGGUAGCAUAACUUUCUCUAAUUUACACAACUGAACAAAACAACUGUUUGCUAUGAGGAAAUUCCUUUAAAGCUUUUCAUGGUUCACUCACGACUUGUUACUACAGCUUCGCGCAUGCUGAAUUGAGGGAGGAGUCAUUUAUUGGCGGAUGAGGGCCGGUAAAAUUUCAUAUAGGGGAGUCCAACAAUAGUUAACCCCUUUCAAAUAUAAGCCUCAAAGAAUUAUGAACCUCCCCAAAAGUAAUUCUUUAAUUUACAAUUUGUCACUAUGAAGUUCCGAUAUUUUCGAGAUGAUUUUCGAAUUUAUUGCAUUUGUUUUAUCAUUGCAUGAUUAAUGGUAAGAAAAUUGGAAUUUCACCAGUUAAGCCCGGUGUCAACCGAAAUCAGUUGAGGAUGAGAGUACACGAGAGUUGGCAGUCACACGAUCUUGGUUACUUGGUUAGUUGUUCUUAUAAAGAUUUUCCAACACAAAAACAUACUGAUUAAAACAUACAAAUUUUAUUUCAAGAUCACAGGUUCUUUUGCAUAUUCAGUAACAGAUCUAGUGGUCUGUUGAAGAUUGGAAAUACCCUCCUCCCCAUUUAGUAAUUCACCUUCACUUUUACUGAACUCAUCCGUCGUCAGAAUCUCCGCGGCGUUGUCGACAUCAUUAGGUGUAUAAAGGCGCCCUAGUAAUGUCCACUGUAAUGCCGUUACUGAUGGUAAUAGAAUACCAAGCCUUUGUGAAUUCUUCAACCAUUUACUGCAACUGAUCUAGCUGAGUUCCCACAGGGUGGAAAUCAACAAAUGUCACGCGCAUUCAAAAAAAAAAAAUAAAACGAUUGAAAUUAUCGUCAAAUAUCAAGUGUUCCAUGAUUUACUAUAUAUUACAGUACCAUGCACAACCCAUGCAUACACCUUACCAUAUCAUAUCAUAUCAUGCCAUUCCAUAUACUAUGACAACCUACAAUAUAUACCAUACCAAUUACCAUACUACCUCCCCUUGAGAAUAUUCAAAUGAUUGAAACUUAACAGUGUUGCUAUGGUCUACACUUUGUUAAAAUUGAAAAAAUGAUAGCCAUCCAUCUCUGUGUCAUGUACUUUUUAAUGUCAUAUUUCCAAAGAAAUUUUGUGCUGAUAUAACGAGUUGCAAAAUUGGAAAUGUUAGUUGAUCUUAGGCGGCCACCUCCCCCAGCAUUUUCACCAAAAUCCGACCUUGACUUGCAUUAUACAUUGUACUGAUUACACCGUACCAUAUGCUGUGUAUUUUUCCGUACGACGCCAUAUAAUAUCAUAAUAGGAUUUAUUAGACAUAGUGAUUGAUACAGUAUAUAUCAUCAGUUGCAGGAAGCUCUAACAUACAGUGAUAAAAAGAUGUCUGCCGUCCCCGAUUUAUUUGGAGAUGAUCCAAAGGUUUGUUGAUAUAUUGUUAGUAUCUGUUAUCAUAGAGUAUCUGUUAUCGUGGAGAAAGUGAUUCAUAUCAGUAUCAGCAAGUUGUGUCUUGCCUGAAAUAAAAAUAGGUUGUUAUUAACUUUGAGCGAAUCCAUGAAAAUUGAAAAAAAUAUUAAAUAUUUAAAUUAGUAUGUGUGUCAAUAUAAAUCAGAACACAAUCUUAAAAUUAUUGCCAUAGCAUUCGUAGGCUAUAAAUUAAGCUUUAUAUUGCAUGAAAUUAGAUCUAAAGAACUAAGAUUUCCAGCUACAAAAGGUGACCAUAUGUUGGCAACCUAACUCGCCCCCGCUACUGGUAACCGCUGCAAAGAAUUGCCUCGUUAUAUUAAUUAAAUCCUUGCAUGUAUUUCCCGAGAUUGUCCUGAUUUGAAUUUGUCCUGGCUUUAUCCAGCGCUUAUUUUUUGGGGCGUUGACAUAAAUCCGUUCGAAAACAGACUAAUUUGAAUUGGUUGUCUUUUAAAAUGACUAAUUUGAAUUGGUUGUCUCAGAUCACCAAUAUUUGAUCCAUACAACCGAAAAAUUGGUUUAAAUAACCGAAUUUUUGGUUGUUUUAACCAAUAAAAUGUUGGUCAAAUACGUACACCUGAGACAAUCAAUUCAAAUUGGUUAUUCCAACCAAUCUGUUUUUUUUAAAUGUGAAUUAAUGUUGCCACUUAUAGAAAUACCGCGGCUUCCCAAAUAUCACCUGUGCUCCAGGGCACAGGCGAGAGAAUGAUUCGGAAACAGUGCGAAAACUAGCAUUCAUGAAAGAAGCAUCCGUUGGAGCCUCGAACUUGGAUAUUUUGAGUGAGACUGUCAUGGAUGGAACUGCUUUGAAUGAUAUAUCUGAGCUUCAGCAAAAUACUGGUAAAUAUUAAGCAUGAUUGCUCCUCUUGUAAUACAUGUACCUAAUAAGUAUAGUUUAUUAGACUUGGUAAUUUGCGUACGUUUUGUUGUUACUGUAACUUUAUAAAUCCAAUUUAUACUAGCAAGUCAUUUUUAGUUUGCUAUUAAACAGUGGCGGAAAUUUUUGGGAUUUUUUUUUUUUGGGGGGGGGGUACAUAGCCACACAUAGCAUAUAGCCACAUUUUGUUCUGCUUUCGUGGUUGAAAACUUUUUGUUGCAGCUUUGUGACUUUGUGACAGUUAUUCAGUUAUCAGUGAAAGGCUUUCUGAAAUUAUUGGGUGUGAGAGGAGGGGAGUGCCCUCCCCCCAUGUCCGGCACUGCUAUUAAAGAGUACAGUACUGUAGCCGGAACGGUUUUUUACCUCCAGCCAUUUAAUCAGUCAGCCUUGGUGCUGGAUGUGUUUAGUACUCUUUGAAAAAAUGUUUUGUGCUCUAGCUGUAACGGCAUCAACCUAUUAGGGCUUACUGUGGCCGAAUAUUUUUUAUUUCCAUUUCCUCAGAUGAAAACAACAACGAGCAAAGUUUGCCCAGUAAUCGCCAGUCUAAACAUGAUUCAGUCAUCACGUCAUCCACAAUGCAAAACUCGUGUUCGUCAUCAACCAGUUCAACCUUACUUGGUGGUGCUGAAAGACAGAACGAAGGUGAGUUGAGAACGAAAAGCCUGAAGUGCAUUUCGCGAAAUAUCGGAGGAGGGGUAGAAUUUGGUUAACAACAUAUCACCACCGGCCCUUUUGUUGAGGACUGUGCAUUCAGUUUCCGCAAUCUCAAAUAUUUAAGCCUGGUUUCCAUAUGGUCGUAAUGGUCGUAAAACUAGAGUCACGAUCGUUCUCAACGGCCAAUUUAUAAUAGUUUAUUCCUGUAAACCACAUAUAAAUCAUAAGUAUUCUCUAGUUAUAUAACCACUCCGCGUAUUUUCAGUUCUAAAAUGUUGUAUUUUGGCUGAUGAGAAAGAUCGUGACUUAAUCUUUACGACCAUUACGAUCAUCUGAAAACAAUGCUUUAGGGUCGCCGGAGCAACGGGGACAGCUGCCCAAACGGCGUGGGGGCGGCACGGGGGCAAGAUGUUACUGGCUCUAAUGCAGGUUGUAAAAACAUUGUAAAAUCUAUUGAUUAGGGGAAUUAGAAGUCGGGUAAAUUAUGAUGACGCUACUCCGAGUGGUUCCACACCAGGCAAGCUAAAAUUUGUUGGACAGAUCAGAGCUAGGGGUCGAGCCCGCGAUCUUUGGUUUGCUAGUCCAAAGCUCUACCAACUGAGCUAUACUCUUAGUCAAUAGUUAAAAUUCUACUCGAUUUUUAGAACAUUGCAUGCUUAUAACUAUUUCAUCGAACUAUGAGCAUAUUAUUCCAAUUUAAAGGUAAGAAGCCUAUUCCUGAAAAUUGUGAUGCUCAAACAGAAGAGAAAAUAUUUCACGAAACAAAGAUGUAAGAAUUUUCAGAACCACUGAGUAUUUUAACAAAAAACAAAACAAGUGUAACUCCAAAAAUCGAUAACAUUUCUAUAUUUAUCAACGUUUCGACUAUAUAUUUCAGUCAUCAUCAAGAAAAACAGUUUAUCCUGAUGAUGACUGAAAUAUAGUCGAAACGUUGAUAAAUAUAAAAAUGUUAUCGAUCUUUGGAGUUACACUUGUUAUAUAAAGAUGUAAGAUUUUGCGAGAUUUUCCACACUUUGUUUAAAACUGUAUUUUAUUUAUUUUUUGUGCUUAUCCAUGGUGGGUUACAAUCCAGUACUAUGUAGUACACGCUAUAUUAUGUUUAUAGUCGUAAAGAAGAUCAGGGAAAAAAAGCUGUUAAACCGCCACGAACAGCACCAGCUCUGAAAGGAUUACAUGAUUUACGCGAGGUG